UACGUUCCCUUCGGUUUGAAGCACAAGCCAUCCUCUCCUCUUCAGUUUCAAUAACCCUUCCAUCCGCUCGCCAGAAUUUCCUCUUCUUUUCCAAGCGAACCCUAAGCUUCCUUUCCCUUUUGCAAAAGUACACUCCGAAGAGAAACAUGGUGAGCGAUGGUGAAUCAAAGAAAUGCGCAGAUACUAUCAAGUUCCUUUGUAGCUAUGGUGGUAAGAUUCUUCCACGACCCGUUGAUGGAAAGCUUCGUUACGUUGGUGGUCUUACCAGAAUUCUAGCCGUUGAUCGUUCUAUAUCCUUUACAGAGCUGAUGGUUAAGCUUGGAGAAUUUUGUGGGUAUUCUGUGGAAUUGAAGUGUCAGUUGCCGAAUGGAAAUUUGGAGAUGCUAAUUUCUAUCAAAUCCAAUGAGGAAUUGGCGCUUCUUAUUGAAGAAUAUGAUCGAUGCUGUCCUGGUUCGAAGAUUAGAGCCGUUCUCUACCCUCCAAAGUCACUGAAAACCGUCUCUCCUCCUCCAUCGGCUCCUGCAAGUGUCGACUUCUAUCCAGUCAAAUCGCCCUUUAAUGCCUUAGAUUAUCGAAGAUCUGGAUAUCCCAUCGGCGUUUGUAAGGACUCCGGCGGAGUCCGUUAUAAUCCAUUUCAUGGGCAACGAAAACCAGAAUUCUGCUGUGGAGACCCUCGGUGUAACGGACAAGGGAACCCUAGAUUUCGGCGUUGUGACCCUUACCGGAACAAGAAUUGGCUGGGGUUAGCAAAUUAGCAUAUAGAAAAUUAAUUUUUUGAAAUGAAUUAGUUUAUACAAUACAAAUUAAGGACAUAGAUAAUGAUAGGGAAAAGAAAAUACAGAGUGAGAAGGGUGAAGUUUUGAUAUGUGAAUGGAUUGUUAAUUUGAGAAAUUAUUUUUUGAUUCUGUUAA